UUAGUAAACGUACUCAGUCGCUUUCCAGCACAGGGAAAAAAAUGCUCGUGGAUAAAUCUUUAAGCUCAGACGUUUAUUUUGAAAUCUACAACCGGAAGUGUGGUUCAAAUCACGGCUAACCUGACUGCGUGAAAGACGUGAGGCGGCGUUCGUCCAAACAGGAAGAAACUGUAAAGUACAUCUAAGUGAUUAAUUUUGUCUGUACUUCUGGAUAUUUCUGCUAUCACACCGAGAACUGACCAGUGGGCGGAGUCUACAAACUACUUUUCCACCGUGUUUGAGGACUGUGGACGGGUCCAGUCCGUAGUGAGCAGCACUGUUCGUGGGCUGACGCAUCAGUAGGAGUGGAGGAAGGCGGGGGGUGGGGGCUGUCGCACAACUAGGCUAGGCUAGGCUAGGCGAGCACGCUAGGAUAACAGCUUAAGCCCUCAGAAAUCCCCUUGGAGAACUUGAGAAACUGAAGUGUAAAACAAAAAACAGCUUUAGCCUGAUGUUUAAACGCCUGCUGCGAAUCCACCGAGAAGCUAAAGUAACACAACAAAUAACCGCCAAAAAAAACUUGCUAGCACUGCUAGUUAGCUGUCAUCAGCGCUGUUCAACACAUCCACAGCAGGGAUGUAGCGUUAGCUGGGAGAAAAACAGCCCAACUUUAUCUACAUUAGCAGAAAUCUAGUUAACUCACAUUUUAUGUUAACACAAUGCUGUCAUGCAUUAACACUGCAUUUUAAUUAAAGCCGCGCUAUGUGCGGUAUAGUUCACGUUCCAUUUAAUAGUUUGUGAAAUAUACAUUUUUGUUGGCGUGAUUAUUUUUGGACAUGUUUUAGUUUUUGGGACUGAGCUAACUUUUAAUUUUCGUGCUGUUGGCCAAUGCGUCGUUAGCAUGGAUGCAAGGGAGCCUGGCAGCAGCUCGGAGCGGUUACAUAAUGGCAGCAGGUCGGGAGAGAAGCUGCUGAACGUGUGGUCCUCAGCCCGGCUCUGACAGCGGCAACCUGCUCCGAGAAUCCCCCAACGCCCAGACAGUACAGCACAGAGCAGCAACACAGCAGCAUGGAGGAGCUCUGAGCCAGCAGGGAGACAAGAAACUCAAAAACAAGACGGAGCAUUGUUUUUCUGAAGAUGGAUGCAAGCCCGCUGAUAAACGCCAUGGACCCAUCCAUCACGCUGUGGCAAUUCCUGCUCCAUCUGCUGGAGGACGAGCGGCAGCGUCACCUGAUCUCUUGGACAGGUGAGGACGGAGAGUUCAAGCUGCUGGAUGCCGAGGAGGUCGCACGGCUGUGGGGGCUGCGCAAGAACAAACACAACAUGAACUAUGACAAACUGAGCCGAGCUCUCCGAUACUACUACGACAAGAACAUCAUAAAGAAGGUGAGUGGUCAGAAGUUUGUCUACAAGUUUGUCAGUCAGGCUGACCCUUCCCUCCCUGAGGGUGUACGCAAUGGAGAGGAGGGCCAAAGGCGGGACCUCGACCCAAACAGCCAAUCAAAAGGCCUCGGGGGCAUGAGCCCAACCUGUACAUCCAAGGGUGUCCCACAGCGCUCGUCACCCAGCUGCUCCCAGAAAAGCUCCAGAAAUGAUUACAUGAAGUCUGGCCUCUACUCCACCUUCACCAUCCAAUCACUGCAGGCUUCACCCAACCCACGGCCAAUCAAAACAGAGCUGCUGCUACAACAAGAGUCCGCGCCAAAGGUCGACCACACGCCCAGAGAGCUCUCUGUUUUACCAGAGUCUAAAUCAUCUGCAUCUGUAGGUGGCGCUGUGGACCCUGCUCUCCAGGUGAUCGUCACUCAGCCGUCUCCCUGUCCAACUCCGGCUCUCAGUCCCCAGAUAGCAGGCAACACCACCAGCCAAUCACAGGUUCCUCAGCUAAUCUGUGGCUCAGGGGAACCAGACCCACCUCUAACCAUCAUUGAGAGCCCACCCCCUCCCUCUAUGGAGCCCAGGGUCGAGCACCCUGCAGGGGAAGAGGAAGUUGGGGACAUGCUAACAGGCCCCUCCAUUCCUCUAGUGGCCUCAUCCUCCUCAGUGGCGGCACCUCCGGUGACGACCUCGUCUGAGGCAGCUCCUCCCAAACCAAAGAAGCCACGGGGCCUGGAGCUGCCCUCCUCUCCCUCCCUGCCUCCCGGCCUCUCGCUAGAUAAGGUCAAUGCAGCUGUGAACAGUUUGCUGGCUCCUGGAUCAGCGGCUAACACCCUCACCCCAACGGUCAUCACCUCCCACGCUCUGACUCCGGUGCUGCUGACUCCCAGUCCUCUUCCUUCCACCAUCCACUUCUGGAGCACGCUCAGUCCCAUUGCGCCUCGCUCCCCAGCCAAGCUCUCCUUCCAGUUUCCCACUAAUGGCAGUAAUCAGAUCCACAUCCCGGCUCUGAGCGUCGACGGCCUCUCCACCCCUGUGGUCCUCUCCCCAGGCCCCCAGAAGCCCUGAGCUCCCCUUCCGCAUCACACAGCUCCCCCCUGGGCACAGAACUCACCUGACGGUCCCCUGGCCUCCUGGAGGGUCUGACUCAAACCUUGUGUUUAAGCAGCACUGUUUGACUGGUAAGAUUGGGAGGUUGGUGUUUUAUGGGGACUUUUCACUGGUGGCGCCUUUCACAGCUGGUCCAGUUCACACUUCGGUGAACACCGGCGCCUCUCUCCACACUGACACUUAGAACAUUUUAAACGUGCAGAGAGCAGGUCGGCGUCCGGGCUCCGUCCUGUUAAAACCCGCCACUCGAACACUCUGACAAACAGGACACUUCUGUUGAAGCCAACCGAUGACAACAGCACAGAGGGGUUUCUUCUUUCUUCUUCUAUGGAGGGCUGCAACUAAUUAACUCUAGCAUAAAGGUUGUUUUUAACUCUUGCUGGUCUGUUCAUGUUUGUUCAGUCUCCAAACACAAACAUUCAGUUUACAAGGACAGAGAAAAGCCAAUGUUUUCAGAUUUUACUGGAGAAAUUAUAAAGUGAAAUACAUUGAUUUAAUGUGAGAACAGAUGUUCAUCAUUUGUGGGUCGACAGACUGAUUGAAGCCAGGAAAGACAUUUUUAAAAAGGGAUUCGACAGCUGAAAAGGAUCUGAGCCUCCUUAAUUUGAGGAAUCAACUGGAUUCACAAAGAUCCGAGACUCAGACUUUUCCCGGUGGAUCUUUCUGGGGCUCUUUCUUCAUGGCUGUCUGUUUUUUAAAAGGUGGUUUUGUUUCCUGUAUUCAGUGCACCUUUGUCUUUAGAACAACUGGACUGUUUUCACCACAGUCAUCAUGGCUCUCGACUGUGCAGGGUGUGUUUGAGUUCACCCCCCCGCCCCCCAAGACUUUUGCCUGUUGGGAUGGUUCUUUUCAGCACCAAUAGCGUAAACGUUAUAAACGCCGCUGUGCUGGAUUCCUUCAGAAACAGUUUUGGGCCCUUAAAGGGUUUUUUCUUUGCUCUUAUUGGCCGCGCCUUUCAGCACAUAUGCAUGGCCUGUUACUUGACUGAACGCCUCAGUGAUGUUUUGAACAGCCCAGUCAGAGAGGAGCGAUGAUGUUUUUACACAGCCACGUUAUUUCUCUACAAGCAUCUCUAUGCGACAGAUUGUAUAUUUUCUAAAAGACUCUGACUCUGAAAAAGUUGAACUGAAGUCGUCCUGGGACCCGUUUGGAUUUAAAGGUUUUAUCAAUGACGUACACACAUUCCUUUGGCUUUAAUUGUCAGUGUUUGUUUUAUUGAUGCACAACUGGACAAGAAAUGUUUUUAAAGGCUUUGCUUCCUGAAGACCACUGGGUGAUGACAGGCCCUUUUCAGAACAAACACAUCUGCUUCAGAUCAACUAUCACAGAGAAGUAAUGAGAAAUCUGACAUGAUCUCAUAUUGGUUGUAACGAGUUUAACUGCAUCAGCUGAAAGUGUGCGUCCUCAGUGUCUUCUUCACCUUCAUCUGUCCAUCGCUGACUGCACUGAGAUGUAUGUGAAUGCAUACAUCUUUGGUGGCAUGUUGCACUUCACUGUAUAACAUGAAGAGAAUAUUAACAGACUUAUGUUGGUGAGCAGCAGCCAAAGUUCUGUAAGAAAUGCCCAGACGUGUUCAAGAAGCAAAGCCUUUGUUGUCCAGUCUUGUUCUUUGAAAUUCAGCGUUCAUUCCAGACAGUAGGUUUGUGUUGUGUUGUUUUUGUUUUUCUGAGAGUUGUUCCUCAAAGUCUCAGAUUUAUGUCGUAAAUCUGCACUGAUGUUGCCACAAGGCGGCAGACUUCCACUGUUGUUUCCCUUUUUAUGCUGGGACUCAGGUGGGAUGAGCUCAGCCGCUGGAUGCCAGUUUGUGCAGAAUACUUUUAUCCACAAGUUCUCAGGUGGAGAACUACUUGUAGCAUGUGUGUUGAGCUGAAGCAUGUUGGACAGGAGAGGGCUGGGACAUGGAUCUGUUUGGUUACACAGGUGAGAAAAUGGUGAGUCACUCCAACAGAAUCAGUGCAUUCCAGCCUGCAGGUCCAUUUGUGACCUAGGAAACAUGACAGAGCUUUGUCAGCCAGCCAGUUGUCACCAGGCCACAAGCUCCAGGUGUGAAGGCAACUUGUGGCAGCAUCAGAACCUGCAGAUCAAUCGGCCGCAAGUUUCAACACACCUUCAACCUUGUUUUUUCUUUUUCUUCCUCAAAGACCCAAAGUGAGGCUGAACCAGCUGCGUACGACAGGUUGUUUUUCUUCUACAAUAGACUGUUGUUGUUGUUGUUUCUGAUACUAGCUAAGCUCUGGUUGCUAUGGCAACCUGACUUGACUGUUGCUGACCUGCAGGUUGCUUUUGUUGCUGAAGCUCCUUGUGAUGGCAGUGUUUGACGUGUUUCUAUGCUUCUGUGUGAUGAUGAGGCUACUGACGCGCACACUCAUACACUCACACACACACACACACACACACACACACACAUAUAUACACAUAAUGCAUCCCCUCGCAACCCCCACCCUAACCUGAGACCAAGUCCUGGCCCUUUGAAGGGCUGAGGACUGACAGCUUGUCCUCACUGGUGGUUUUAGGCUAAAAUGUGUCCAGACAACCGUAGGAAACGCGCGCACACAGCUGGACCAUCAGGAACUGAGUGAAGCUGAAAGUCACUGUUUCCAUCUCAGCUGAUGUUUGUUUGUUAUUCAGCCUGAAGUCAUGAGUUAAAACCCGCCAAACUUUGUGAACGUGCUGGACAACAACAUCCUCAGUUGUUCUGUGGCUGUGAUGUUUCACUGUGGUGCCUCUCCCUCCACAGAAAAUGGCCUUUUAAAAAGGGGGACUCUGCUGUGAUUGGGGUUCACUUAUUCACUCUGGAGUCUUUUUAGAUUUAACAUUUGUUAGUCUUACAGUUUCCAGUGUCUGAUACCAGAUCAGAGUUACAGCAGCUCAGUCUUUGAUCAUCAUGGAACAGAUCCAAACUUGAUCCUGCUUGAUCCAGAUUUUAUUAUAGGAAUACUUAUUCCAGAAGUGGAGACGUUUAUGUAAAACUAUAAAAAUGCGCUCAUGUAAUAUUUCUUCUUCACAUGUGGAUUCAGCCUCAGAUCAGUUCCUGAUGGUGCGGUUUCCCAGCCUCUCAGCGGUGACCUAAACGCAGCACCAAGCCAUCGCCUUCGACUGUUCUCUCCAGCAUGACUCUAUUUUUCUAUCAGAGAUGAUGUGUUUAUAUUGUAUGUGAGGUUUAAAGCGCGACGAAGCCUUAAAGAUUUCAGCGCUGCAGCAAAGAUGCAUCUUCAUUGUUAAUCCAGUCUGCAUCUUUCAGAGCAUGAACAUAAGCCAUUUAUAGUGAAGCUUACGCACUGAGCAUUGGGCUGCGGACAAACGUUUGAGUCCGACACGUUUCACGUCAACGUUUCUCUCACCAGCAGAACAUGAAGAAUGUUUUUAUACUGACUAGUAACAGUGGUGCGUUCUGGGUAACGUCCAGGCUCCCGUUCUUUAGGCUUGGCCACUGUCGGGGGUGAUGUUUGGAGGGAAACUGUUUGCUGGAGGUAAA